AUGCAAUUUUCAACCCGCUAUAUCUGCCUUAUUGCGGCCAUUAUGAACACUCCACUUCUUCAAGUCCUAGCACACACUUCGCAUGCUUCUGGCGCUGUCACCGGUGACGCAUCGGAUCCUAUGUCUGAAGUUUGGGAUUACGACGCGAGUAAAUCUUACGCAAAGAGGCAAAUCGGCUCGGCUCCUGGCGGCAAAGCACCGGAUACAUCUGGAUUGCAAUCAAACAUCAUUAAUGCCAUCAAUGGCUUCCUUAAUGAGCCUGUUCCGGAAAGUGCCACUGGAACCGUCUUUCAAUUGGUCGUUCAGUAUCUCGAGAAAGCUAGCCAAGGCGCCGGGGGUGGGACUGCUGGCACUGCUGCUAAAGGUAAAGUUGGUGGCAAGCCCGGGAAGCGUUCUCGUUAA